UUUUAUUUUAUUGUGUGAACCCGGGUUGCUGUGGUUGCUCUGCUCAGACCCGCACCAGCAGGCCGACCCCGUGGAUUCUCCUCCCGCCAGCACCCUGCAAGUGACACAGUCUGAGUAAAGGAGUGGCCAACGGAGGGAUGGCUCAGUUCCAGGAAAUGAUGCGGCAGCAGCUGGAGAGCUCCAUGCACACGGAGCUGGAGAAUCUGCUGGACACCACCACAGGCGCAGACAGAGAGGUUUCCAGGAAAGACUUUGAGGGCUUCAAGAAUAUUUUCCACAGAUUUCUGCAGGAGAAGGGACCAUCGAUAGAGUGGAUCAAGAUACAAAGACCUCCAGAGGAUUCGAUCCAGCCGUACGAUAAGAUCGCUGGCCGAGGUCUGCCUAACAAAGUGGCCGACUGUCUGAACAAACUGGUGGUGGUGAAGCUGAACGGAGGUCUGGGCACCAGCAUGGGAUGUAAGGGCCCCAAGAGCCUGAUCAGUGUCCGCAACGAGAACACCUUCCUGGACCUCACGGUGCAGCAGAUCGAGCACCUGAACAAGACUUACGACACAAACGUGCCGCUGGUCCUCAUGAACUCCUUCAACACGGAUGAGGACACAAAGAAGAUCCUGCAGAAGUACACGCACCACCGCGUCAAGAUACACACCUUCAACCAGAGCAGGUACCCUCGCAUCGACAAAGAGUCCCUCCUCCCGGUGUCCACAAACCUGAGCAUGACGGGGCAGAGCACCGAGGGCUGGUACCCUCCGGGGCACGGAGACAUCUACGCCAGCUUCUACAACUCGGGCCUGUUGGACGAGCUAAUAGAGCAGGGCAAGGAGUACAUCUUUGUGUCCAACAUCGACAACCUGGGAGCCACCGUCGACCUGCAAAUCCUGCACCACCUGGUCAGCCAGCCCAACGGCAAGCGCUGCGAGUUCAUCAUGGAGGUGACGGAUAAGACGCGCGCCGACGUCAAGGGCGGCACGCUGAUCCAGUAUGAAGGAAAGCUGCGUCUGCUGGAGAUCGCCCAGGUGCCCAAAGCCCACGUGGACGAAUUCAAAUCCGUUUCAAAGUUCAAGAUCUUCAACACCAACAACCUGUGGAUCUCUCUGGCUGCCAUCAAGAGGCUGCAGGAGCAGAAGGCGAUGGACCUGGAGAUCAUCAUCAACCCCAAGACCCUUGACGGCGGGCAGAACGUGGUCCAGCUGGAGACGGCGGUCGGCGCAGCCAUCAAAUGCUUCGACAACGCCCUGGGCAUCAACGUGCCCCGCAGCCGCUUCCUGCCCGUGAAGACCACGUCGGACCUGCUGCUGGUCAUGUCCAACCUGUACAGCCUGGACGCCGGCUCCCUCACCAUGAGCCCCAAGAGGGAGUUCCCCACGACGCCACACGUCAAGCUGGGCAGCUCCUUCACCAAGGUUCAGGAGUACCUGACCCGCUUCGAGAGCAUCCCCGACAUGCUGGAGCUCGACCACCUGACGGUGUCCGGAGACGUCACCCUCGGGAAGAACGUUUCACUCAAGGGCACCGUCAUCGUCAUCGCCAACCACGGGGACCGGAUCGAUAUUCCAGCCGGCUCCAUGCUGGAGAACAAAAUCGUAUCUGGAAACCUGCGCAUCAUGGACCACUGACGCCUUGUUCCCCUCCACACAAACACAAACACAAACACACACACACACACACACACACAUACACAAAUACACAAAACACACCCUUCAUCAUGUGACCCAUUUGGCUUCAUCCCAGUCAUGUGACCUGUUUGUCCCAUUUCAGCACAUUGUGGGAAGUGUGCAUGUGCUGCUCUACUCUGGGGGGGUUUGCUUGUAGUGGGGAUAAACUGCCCUCUACAGGCUGUUUACUAUAUUACAUAAACCUUUAAUAGUAUUAAUUAUGAGCCACUUAUGAUAGAGAAAUUAUUUUUAAUCUUUUCUUACUGAUUUUUCUUUCUGUCAAAGCAGACUCAAAAAUAGAUUCUAUAGAUUAGCUAAUGCUAAUGCUAUCACAUAGUGUAUUUACACAGAUGGAAGAGUUUUUACCAUUUAUUUCAACCAUAAAGGCUUCACUGUGAGGCUCCACAAUUCAGCUGUGAAGAGAUGAGUUCAACUGGGAGAAAUAACUGGAUUAAUGUGUCGUUAUGUGUUGACGGGAUGUCCCUCACAGGUCUAAUACACUCACAGUUAAGUCUCCAAUUAAUCGUCCAAAAAAAAGGUUUUAUUUCUCAGACAUAUUCUAGAUGAACAAUCUUGUAAUUUAAACAUCAUUCAAGCGUCCACUGAAGAGACGUAAACAUCAGAUCUGCGUCCUCAGAUUGAUACAUGAAACAAACGUGAAUGCCUUAUAUUUCCACACGUUUUUUGUUCUUUAAAGGUUUGUAUGGCGUUGAUUUUAAUUAAUCAGGUAAUCUCAUUGUGACCUCUUCUUCUGUAAUAUUUAACGCAGUCUGACUGGAGAAUUUGGGCCAGUUUUGGAUGGAAACGUGCAUUAAUCUGGGAUUUCUUUUGCAAAACUUGACUUUUGUCCGUCUCUGGUUGGUGAGACUUAAAUCAAAACAGUUGCAACCCAUAAAAAAAAAAAAAAAAAGCUUAAUAAUGUUAAAAAAAACUGUGAGGAGAGAUAGCUUUCAUGUUCAGGUAGUCAGUUGAUGAAUUGUUAAUUUUAAUGCGAGCAGCUUUAACAACACAUUUUGACUUUGUGCAGCUUUGCAGAAAUCCAGUCUAGUGUUGAACAGACUUCCUCUGGAUUUAUUUAAACCUCCAGAGUUCACUAACUUCACUGGAAACCUCCCAACGGUUUGUGCCAUAGAGGAUAAUCUAUCAUGUGUCUCCGUUUGGUGCCCUUCAGUUUUUACAAGACUUGUAUGUAAUGCCAUGAAAUGAUAUGUAACAGUUGAGAUGUUGAAGUGAAGGCCUUUAUUUGUACAGUCCCCCGUGUGAUGUAAAAGAUAUUUCUGUUUUCUGUUUUGCUCACAUUAUGACCUUAACGUCGUAUGAAACCUCCAACACUCCUCUGUCCAUUCCGCCGCUCAGCGUCCACACACAGCAAAAGACAGGAAGUGCAAAAACACUUUCUGCAGCGCUGGUUUACACACACACACACACACACACACACACACACACACACACAGAGAUUCAGACGGCAGACAUUUUUAAAACACAGACGUUUCCGUGUGAGAAUACUUGAGUUGUGUCCGUCGUGUGCGGACUGGAAGCCUGAAAGCAAUAAGUGUUGAUCUGUGACGGUGACGAGGUCUCGGGCCAGUUCUGCCUCCUCGGAGCUGAAUAAAGU